GCCUGGUCUCGGGGCCGCACCUCCGAACCGGUUUCGCCCCGCGGAGCCGGCAGUUUAAAGUGCGGCGGCUGCCGUCCUCGCCCGCCGCUGCUCCGGAGCCGUAGCGGUCUCAGGUGUACCUCAGCUCGGCUCAGUGCCAUGAUCCGGCAGGAGCUCUCCACAUCCUACCAGGAGCUGAGUGAGGAGUUGGAUCAGGUGGUUGAGAACUCAGAGCGGACGGGCGAGCAGGAAAAGGAGACAGACGGAGUCCAAGGUCCAGGAGUCUUACCAGCCCUGGACAGCGAGUCCGCCUCCAGCAGCAUCCGCUUCAGCAAGGCCUGCCUGAAGAACGUCUUCUCCGUCCUGCUCAUCCUCAUCUACCUGCUGCUCAUGGCCGUGGCUGUCUUCCUGGUCUACCAGACCAUCACAGACUUCCGAGAGAAGCUCAAGCACCCCGUCAUGUCCGUGUCUUACAAGGAGGUGGAUCGCUAUGACGCCCCAGGGAUUGCUCUGUACCCGGGUCAGGCCCAGCUGCUCAGCUGCAAGCACUAUUACGAGGUCAUUCCACCUCUGAGGAGCCCCGGCCAGCCGGGUGACAUGGACUGCACCACCCAGAGGAUCAACUACACAGACCCUUUCUCCAACCAGACCCUGAAAUCCGCCCUGAUCGUGCAGGGGCCCCGCGAGGUGAAGAAGCGGGAGCUGGUCUUCCUCCAGUUCCGCCUGAAUGAGAGCAGCGAGGACUUCAGCGCCAUCGAUUACCUCCUCUUCUCGUCCUUCCAGGAGUUCCUGCGCAGCCCAGACAGGGUGGGCUUCAUGCAGGCCUGCGAGAGCGCCUAUUCCAGCUGGAAGUUUUCCGGGGGCUUCCGCACGUGGGUCAAGAUGUCCCUGGUGAAGACGAAGGAAGAGGACGGGCGGGAGGCGGUGGAGUUCCGGCAGGAGACCAGCGUGGUCAACUACAUUGAUCAGAGGCCAGCAGCCGAAAGGAGCGCUCAGCUGUUUUUUGUUGUCUUUGAAUGGAAAGAUCCUUUCAUCCAGAAAGUCCAAGACAUAAUCACCGCCAAUCCUUGGAACACAAUCGCCCUUCUCUGUGGGGCCUUCCUGGCGUUGUUUAAAGCAGCAGAGUUUGCCAAACUGAGUGUGAAGUGGAUGAUCAAAAUUAGGAAGAGAUACCUUAAAAAAAGAGGUCAGGCAGCAAACCACAUAAGCUGAGGUGGCCUCGUGGUGUUGGUAGAACUGCCCCCGGCAAUGGAAGUUCUCGUCAUUUCUGUUUUGGUAAACGGAGCGGCCAGCGGCCCUGUGCUCACCUGCCACGGCCUCGCUGGGAGGACCAGCCUGCCAGACUGCAGCUUCUAACCUGGCCCCGAAAGAGGAUGUUUAGAGCCUAAUGGAACAGAUCCGGUGGAUAACCUACAACCUAUUUAAGUAUUUAAAUUAUUAAUGAACAUUUUUGGACACAUGAAUAGGGAUUGCGGAAGAUGGAAUUAGCUAUGUCUCAGGUUUUCUGAAGGUUUGUGAAGCUGCCUUUCUUACUUGGUUCGGUGUAUAGUUAAGCUCUAACGGGAUAAUCCAGGCUCUACAUUUCACCUUAGUCCCCC